AUGUACUGGUUAUCGAUGCGGAAUAGCAUUGGCAGCCGCGAUGGUUCAGUAUCAUGUAAUGUUGGAGAUGGUUGUACUGAAGGUAAUGUUACAACAUGUGGUGGUGAUCCUACAGAAACAGGAUAUCAAUGUGUCGAUGAUAAAUGCAAUUGUACUACUGACUAUUAUGAUUCUAGUGGAGUUUGUACAGCAAAACUAGGAUUUAAUGGAACAUGUAACAGUACCACUGGAUGUCUUGGUAAUUUGACAUGUUCAUCUGACACUGAUGGUAUUUGUGGUUGUGAUAAUACUCAUUAUCUUGGUGGUGAAAAUAAUUGUCUUCAGAAACCAGGAUUUAAUGGAACAUGUACCAAUAUCACUGGAUGUCUUGGUAACUUGACAUGUUCAUCGGUUACUGAUGGUAAAUGUGGUUGUGAUCAUACUCAUUAUCAUGAUGGUAAUAAUAAUUGUAUAACUAAACCAGGAUUUAAUGGAACAUGUAACAGUACCACUGGAUGUCUUGGUAACUUGACAUGUUUAUCUAAUAGUAAAUGUGGUUGUGAUGAUACUUAUUAUCAUGAUGGUAAUAAUACUUGUGUUCAGAAAUUUAAUGGAAAUUGUAACAAUACCAAUGGAUGUCUUGGUAACUUGACAUGUUCAUCUGAUACUAAUGGUACUUGUGGUUGUAAUAAUACUCAUUAUCAUGGUGGUAAUAAUACUUGUGUUCAGAAACAAGGAUUUAAUGGAACAUGUACCAGUAACACUGGAUGUCUUGGUAACUUGACAUGUUCAACUGAUGGUAAAUGUGGUUGUGAUAAUACUUAUUAUCAUGUUGGUAAUGGUAAUUGUCUACCCAAUUUCCUAAAAGAAAUAAAUACUAGAGCCACACGUGGCACAGAGUGA